AUGGGUCAGUAUCUUGGUGAUUACAAGAAGGAGUUUGCUAGAAUAUAUGAUUAUGCUGACCAGUUGAGGUCUACAAAUCCUGGCAGCACUGUUGUUGUGAAGACCUCCAAGGAGACAAUACCUGGUAAGGAGGUGUUUGUGGGUAUCUAUAUUUGUCUACAUGCUUGCAAAGUUGGUUGGUUGGAAGGGUGUAGAAAUGUUACUGGCUUUGAUGGAGCAUUUCUGAAGGGUGUGUGUAAGGGUGAGCUACUAUCAUGCAUUGCUAAAGAUGGUAACAACCAAAUGUACCCUGUUGCCUGGGCAGUGGCGGAAAAGGAGACAAAGCACACAUGGUCAUGGUUUUUUAGGUGUCUGAUGCAUGAUCUGCAGCUCACUGAAUCCCAAGGUGAGGGGUUGACCAUCAUUUCUGAUAUGCAGAAGGGACUUGUUGUAUCUGUUUCUGAGUUGUUACCAAAUGCUGAGCACAGAAUGUGUGCAAGACACAUAUGGAGCAACUGGAAACAAAAGUGGAAAGGAGAGGAAAGAAGGAAGAAGUUUUGGGCCUGUGCAAGGGCCUCAUUUGAAGCAUAUUUGAAGGCUAAGAUAGAUGAGCUGGCAGAAUUAGGUGAUAGUAAGAUCAUUGAGGACUUGCUGAGAUACCCAAAACAAUCUUGGUGUAGAGCAUUCUUCAAAGAUUGGAGUAAAUGUGAUUCUGUGGAGAACAACAUGUGUGAGACCUUUAACAGUUGGAUAUUGUCUGCUAGGCACAAGUCUAUCAUAACCAUGUUAGAAGAGAUUAGAGUGAAGGUGAUGGAGAGGAUGACUACCAUGAGAGAAUUUGCAACAAGGUGGAUUUCUGAUGUAUCUCCUAUGGCAAUGGGGUACAUAGAGGAACAAUCUCAAUAUGCUGUUAAGCAUGAAUUUAAAUGGAAUGGGGAUACUGGAUCAUGGCAGCUCAAAGGAAUACCAUGCUCCCAUGCAAUAUGUGCAAUGUUUUUUAAGAAAUUUGAGCCUGCUGACUAUGUAACCCACAAGAAAGAAACUUACCUGAAGGCUUUUAGUUGUUACAUACAGCCAGUAACCAACAUGGAGAUGUGGCCAUCAACACAGAAUCCAACUGUUGAGCCUCUUGUGAUUACCAAGAUGCCUGGUAGACCUAAGAAAAAUAGAAAAAGAGCUCAAGAUGAACCUAAGAAGAAGUUUGGUAAGAGAUCAAGGAAAGGGACACCAAUGACAUGCUCUAAUUGUAAGACUGUAGGCCAUAACAAGAAGGGGUGUCCUAUCCUGAAAGGACAAGGAUCUGGAACAGCAGGAACCAGUAAUGCUGGUGCUUCUCAACCAUCACGGGCUGCUCAAACAACAACUCAACAAUCAGGUCCUACAAGUGAUUCUGGAACUGCCAGGGCCACAAAUACUCAACCAUCAGCUGUUGCAAGUGCAUAUGAUACUGGAAGUAUGAGAUCAAGAGCUUCUGAGGAUAUUAUAGUUAGAGUUAGAGGAAGGCCAAGAGUGGAUGCUGGGCAGACCAAUAUCGAUCUUGGAGACAGUGCACCUGGACUAAGGUGGCAAGGAAGAAAUGCUAUAUCACAAAGGCAACUUCAACAACAGUUGAGGAGAAGACAAACUCAAGCAAACCUUAGCCAACCUCAAGCCCAUUCUUCAUCUCAGCCAAGCCAGUCUCCAUGUCCAAACUUGAGCCAAUCUUAG